GAAUCAUUUCACAUUCGAACGUGUGCCGGCGUGUCGUCACGGUCGGCCUGCGAUCGCGUUCGCCCACAAUUUUCUAAUAUAUUAUUGUCAUAAUUUUAAUUUUUGUUUUUCCGUAAUAUCGAUUUUCGUUUUGAUAGUCGUAUUGUAGAUAUAUUAAUGUCAUAGUAAAAGUAUAAUCGAUUCGUCAAUAUCCGCCGUUCAGAUAAUAGUAUCAUUAAUUCAGCCAGUGAUAUUGUUAAAUUUUAUUUUUCGUCGUUUAUAUUUUUUUCAUUCAUAAUAAUAUACGUCGAUUGUAACGUACCUACGUAAUCAGCUCUCGUAUAGUAUAAUACUAUGAUAACAUUUCGUAUUAAACGAUUGAUAAUAUAAAAAAAAUAUUCAAUUGGGACUGAGAAAAAAUUCUACGAAGAAACGAAAAAACUGCGUUCAGGUUGUGUCUUAAAUAUAUCGCCGCAGAUACGCUGCACAGCUCCUCCAGCCGAGUUACUCAGUGGUCGCGUGAUAUAAAGUCGCACCACAUAUUAUUAUUAUAAUAUAAUAACUACGAGGUCGGGGGACUCAUUUCCGACACGUGAAAAGGAGCAAACCGUUUGAACCGCAAUCAUGAUGGGUUCACAAGGCGCAGAGCCGGAACUCCAGUCGUUCCUGUUGGACGACAAGUCCAAGAUGAAAGAAGUACCAUCGCAAACCAAACGAAAAUCUAGCAAAAAUCAAGAGAAGAGCGAAGUCGUACACCUCAAUGGCAACGAAUACUUCGACCCAUUCCUUGAGAGAAACUUGGAACACCCAACCACCAACGGCGAGACCCUGACUCAUUUGCUCAAAGCGUCUUUGGGAACCGGGAUCCUGGCCAUGCCUCAAGCUUUCCAGUGUUCGGGACUUAUAACCGGCAUAUUCGCAACGGUGUUCGUGUCGUUCGUGUGCACGUUUUGUUCGUACUCACUGGUGAAAUGCGCCCACACGCUCUACAGGCGGACCAGAGUGACGGCCAUGGGCUACGCGGACGUGGCUGAAGUGGCGUUCGCAAACGGCCCAGCGUGGUCGCGAAAGUUCUCGUCGCUCACCCGGCAGUCUGUGCUCUGGCUGCUGUUCGUCACGUACUUCGGGACUUGCAGUGUGUACACGGUGAUCAUCGCCUCCAACUUCGAACAGCUGUUUGCCCACCACAUGGGCUACGCGCUCAACCUCCGAUACUUCAUUGCCAUGCUGCUCUUGCCGCUUAUACUGCUUAGCUACGUGCCCAACCUCAAGUACUUGGCGCCCGUGUCCAUGGUCGCCAACCUGUUGAUGUCCGUCGGUCUGGGCAUCACGUUCUAUUAUACGCUCAACGGCAUACCCAGCAUUUCGGACAGGCCGGCCGUGGGGUCCUUGGAAACGUUCCCGACGUUCUUCUGCCUCACCGUGUUCGCCAUGGAAGCCAUCGGAGUGGUGAUGCCGUUGGAGAACAACAUGAAAACGCCCAGACAAUUUUUGGGAGUUUUCGGUGUGCUGAACGUCGGCAUGGGUGGCGUGACCGUCGUAUACAUUCUUCUCGGUUUCCUCGGUUUCUUGAAGUACGGCGAUGAGACGAAACCCAGUAUAACGCUAAACCUUCCCACCGAAGACGUUGCCGCUCAAGUAGCCAAGAUAUGCAUCAGCUUAGCAGUUUUCUGCACGUACGGUCUACAGUUUUUCGUUUGUUUGGAAAUCGCGUGGACCAAAAUCCAGGAAAACUUUGAAAAAGCUACAAUCUACCACAAUUACGUCUUGAGAACGGUUCUGGUGACCUUGUCUGUGGCGAUCGCGGUGGCCGUGCCCACAAUCGGACCGUUCAUCGGACUCAUCGGCGCCUUCUGUUUCUCGCUGCUCGGCAUCAUCGUGCCGAUGGUCAUUGAGUUCGCCACGUACUGGGACAAUGUGACCGUCUGGAUGACCAUCCGGAACGCGGUGCUGAUCUCCGUCGGCAUCCUGGCGCUGGUCUUCGGCACGUCCAACAGCGUGGCCGACAUCAUCACCGCGUACGUGCCCUCCCCCGAGCUGGCCAUCAACGCCACGGGGACGCUCACGGCCGCCCUAUGACCGGAAGUCCGGCCACCACACAGUCGACCACUGCAACCGUCGCCGCCGCCGCCGCCCCCCCAUACCCGCGGAACUCGAGACUUCCGGUCGUGCCGACUAGCAGCGUACGCCGUUACGAUAAUAAUAAUAUUAUAACAUUAUAUUAUACCCACACACAACACACACACACACACACACACACACACACACACACACAUAAAUGAUAUGAUAUUGUAUGUAUUUUUAUUAACGAGUGUAUACGUAAUUGGAUAAAUGUAUAAAUCGCGGUGGUCGGGACGACGGGGUCGGACGACGGCCGACGACCGACAAGAGGCGACCGGCCGUACGAUUAAUCGUGUCGUCGUCGUCGUCGUCAUCGUUUCCUCCGACGUGCUCCCGCCGACCGCUGCGCGUACGUUUUGUGCGCAUGGCUUCGGCGGGCACACAUAAUAAUAUUAUAGGUGACAGACAUAUAUUACAUAAUAAUAUUAUUUUUAAUGGCGCACUCGCACAUCGAAAACAACAACAAAAAAAAAAAUUGUUUAAGUAUUAUAUUUAUAUUAUUAUAUUUUAAUUUUAAUUUUAAUUUAUUUUCUAAACAUAAUUAUGAUGUCAGAGACUUAGGAUUAAUCAUUUAUUUUACGAUCGGUUUUUUUUUCAGUCGAUCCAGACAUGCGCUUUACAAUAUAUAUUUAUUAUAUGAUAUUAUAAUUAAACGAAUGUUUUUCAUUUUCUUUUUUUUAUAUAUAUUUAUAUGUAUUAAACUCGUGUAUUGGAUUUAAGUAAAUAAGGUUUUACAAUA